AUUGGACUGACUACAAAGUAUACCUUUUACAGAUAACUGCUCUCCUUAUACUCCACACAACCACCUCACUGCCCAGUUCAACUCCAUCACCAACAGCAAAUCCACAAACUACAACCACAGCCAAAAACCAGACCACGCAAGAUAAAGAAGCGCUCCAAACUUUAAUGACACAACAGGCAGAGAACAUAAAGAAAAUUGUGGCAGAUCAAGAGGAUCAGAUUAGAGGAGACUAUCCGGUUUUAUCCAGUAAACAAGAUCUCCAAAGUAAAGAUCUGGAGAGCAUGACUCUGGAGGAGUUGAAAAGCAAAUGUCAGCAGUUGUAUAGGUUGUUGAGUGCUGCCAAUAAGACGCAACAGCAACAGCCCUUGGUCAGCAAUAACAGAUUGGUGAAUCACAAAUUGCCAGAGACAUCAGCCCGUCCAGUUUACGUCCAAAUGAAACCCAGCUACAAAUCUAAAUACCCAACAACUAUAAAACCGACUGGCUUCUACGUCACUCAACCUCAUGUCGCAACUACUACAAAAAGACCAGCUACCAGCACACCAUCCACACCACCGAUCAAGUAUAUCCGAUUGGAGCCAGUGAUACUGCAGAAAACAAUUUUGAGUGACGGCAGGACAGUCUACUAUUGGCACAGAAGUUUACCAACAGCUGUCGAGUAUUCAAACACCCAGCAGACUUCUAACUACUAUCAGCCACCACAACAAUUUCAACAUCUUCAGCAACAGCAGCAACAGCCGUACCAACCAGCAUAUCCUGUGCAUCAGUAUGCUAGUAGGUAUCCAGAUUAUCCUUCGGCAGGCAGCUACUACGUAGCAUCGCCAGAUAGCCUGGGUACCUAUACGUCAAGAUACCCUGGCCAACGACUAGUGGAAAAUCAAGAUAAAGCUCAAAGUAGUACUACUGAAGCAAGUACUACAACCACCACUGAAUACAGGCACUGGAUAUGGACUGGGCAACUUUCUACCAUUCUAUGGCCUAUCGAGGUACGACUCGACCUCUAGCAGUACAACAGAACCAACAACAACCACUACAACUACCGCAAGGCCCGUCGCUGACAAAUUCACACCAGCUGAAGAUCUCAUGUACGCACAACAACUAAAAUUCAUCAUACCUGUCCCGUACGAUUCAGGAAGCAAUACCGUUCGAAAACCCUGGGAUUUUGACCCAUACGCUUACUAUCCGAAAGACCUUCAGCCGACCACAGUGAAUGUAGAAGUACCUUAUAGUCCAACCUUCCACAUGAUAAGAGCGAUAGCCCUACCGAAAGCUGAAGAUAAGUCUGACGAAAUGACAAUCAACAAGUAGUGAAUAGGUAAGAAUGUUCAAUUUACAUUGUUACACGUCCAAGACGAUAAAAGAAAGAAAAAAAAAAGAAUUUGAUGUAAAAUUUUACGAGCUAAGCUCAAUAUUUUUAUAUUGACGAUAAUGCCGCUCCUAUAUAAGUUUUAAAAUAAAUAUGG